AUGGAUUCACCUGCUCGAGCAGAAUAUCGAUGGAGCGCGUGGAGUGAAUUUACACCAUGUUCACGUUCCUGUGGCCUCGGUAUUAAAUCGAGAUUAAGAAACUGUUAUAAAUCUGGUAAAACCGCCAUACAAGUAUCAACUACUCAUUGCCAUGGUGACUCGAGAGAGUACAGCCUUUGUAAUGCACAGCCUUGUCCUAGUGGAUCUCGUCAUUUUAGAAAUCUACAAUGCUCAUUUUUUAAUGGUCAAAAAUAUCAAGGAAAGGUGUACAAUUGGACAUGGUACGACCCAGGAUUAAACCAAACAGAAACUUUUAAUAAUAUUGUGCCGUGUUCUCUGUUGUGUACACCACUUAAUUCAUUUGGUACUGCCGUGGUUAAAUUCUCAAGUCAUGUUGUAGAUGGAACUAGUUGUGGCGGAGAUGAUUCAGGCGUAUGUAUUGCGGGAAAGUGUGUGAGUGUUGGGUGUGAUAAAAAACUUGGAUCAACAAAAUCAGUGGAUAAAUGUAAUGUGUGUGGUGGAAACGAUACAGGUUGUGAUGACGUUUCUGGUAGAAUCAGACGCCGAGUUAAUAAAGGAUAUACAGAACUGCUGGGUCUACCGAAAGGAAGUCGUAAUAUUAUGGUAACAGAAAAGCCCAGAAGUAAAGUAAUCCUUGCAAUGAAGGACAAAGAUGGCAUUUUCUUCCUAUCGGGGACCAAAGAACCUGUGAUUCAAAGGGAAGUAGCAGGAACCAUAUUCAAAUAUCGCCAAAAUAACCAAUCAGGGAAUGUGAUAGAAAUACUCGAAGCAGAUGGACCAAUCAAUGAAACUGUAAUAAUCAUGGGAUUUUCCCGAGUGGAAAGGACAGCAGUUGCGAUAUGGUACAGCUAUACAACUCCAUCAGUUGAGCCAUCUGGCAUAACAGAAAACCAUAAUCUAUCAGCCGAGCCUUUUUACCCAUGGAAAACUCUCCUUUACAAUAAUGUUAUCGAAGGAAAACUGGGUCUGUCCACAAAAAGACCACCACCUGAACGAACACCUAUUACGAAUCCUAUUCGCGUAAUAAGAAAAAAGUUAAGACCAAAAAGGAUUAUGACCGUGUCGAAAACCGAAAGCUUUACCUCUGUUAUUCGGAAAGUCGGACAACCAGAAGUCAACCAGCUUGCUGAAGGUACUGAUGCCAGGAAUAAAAGCGUUACGCCAACGGGCGUGGGAAAGCAGAACGCACAAACCAAAGCUACCUCGGGUCGUAGAGCUUCGAAUAAGAAGGAAUAUUCCGUUGACAAAACAAAGAAGUCCACCAAGGCAGAUAAAUCUCAAAGAAGAAAACAAAAUAAGAAAUCCGAAAGCUUUAUUCGUACUGAAGGUACUGAUGCCAGGAAUAAAAGCGUUACUUCAACGGGCGUGGGAAAGCAGAACGCACAAACCAAAGCCACCUCAGGUCGUAGACCUUCGAAUAAGAAGGAAUAUUCCGUUGACAAAACAAAGAAGUUCACCAAGGCAGAUAAAUCUCAAAGAAAAAAACAAAAUAACAAGAAGAAACAGUCAUCCAAUAAGAAUACAGCCUCGAGGAAAAGACAGACUAGUACUAAGCAGAAACGGAAGCAACGCAAAUUACUAACUAUAACGACGUCAACAAUAGCACCUUUUUCAUCAACAUCACAUCCGCCUACUCCAGAUAGCACCGAGACACCCACGUCAGACACGGUGGGUGUUACUGAUACUCCAGAAUUGAUAACCAAACGUCCAAACAUAAAACGUCGUCAACAAGGGAGACUGAAAUCAGAACAGAGGAAACAACAAAGGAAAGUCAAAAAGGAUGAUCAACAAGGUGAACUGUCAAUCAAUGUUGCCACAACAAAAAAUGAACCAGAGAAUGUUGACCAGAAAUACAACUUCCGUCGCCAACGGGGUCAUCAGAUUGAACAAAUAAAGUUUGAAUGGCGUGAAAAUAAAAUAACACCCUGUAGCACGACCUGUGAGCCAGGUAUAAGUGUUAGUUUCUUCAGUUGUUAUAGAAUAUCCACAAAUCAACCCGUUGAUGACGCCUACUGUGACAAGGAUGAGAAACCAGAACUGUCUCACCACGUGUGCAGUAGAAAUGCUUGUCCACCAAGAUGGGUGGCCGGUGAAUGGGGCCAAUGUUCUCGUACUUGUGGAGCAGGGCUUCAGGAAAGACAAGUAAAAUGCUGGCAGUUGCUGGCACCUGGAUUUGACAGCAGUGUUCACGACUAUCUUUGUCCUAAUGAUACAAAACCAGGUCUCACUAGAAAAUGUAAUGCGAUGUUGCAGUGUGGUCCAUUGUGGGAAAUGUCGGAGUGGGAAAAGUGCUCUGCUGAUUGUGGUUAUGGCUGGCAAGAACGUUCUGUUAGAUGUAGUGAUGGUAAUGAUGCGACAUGUGGUGGAAAUCGUCCAAUUGAAAAACGCGCCUGUAUGGAAAAGCCUUGUUCAAAUCAUUGGUAUGCUGCUACAUGGUCAGAGUGUAGCGGUGUUUGUGGUGUAACUCAUAGAAAGGUUUUCUGUCGAGAUAAAAGAGGUCUGGUAUUAGAAGAUGGCCAUUGUGAUCUCAACACUAAACCGUUAACAGUUCAUGCGUGUGGGAUCUGUGAGCAUGCGUGGGUUCCACAAGAAUGGCGAAGGUGUUCCGUUACCUGUGGUGAUGGUUAUUCGAAGAGAAAUGUGGUCUGUGGUAGUGUACAAGAUGGUGAAUUCUAUGUACAGUCAGACAACUAUUGUCAGAAUAAUCCACGACCUAUAACUACAACACGGUGUUCUGCUGCUCCAUGUGGUCCUAAAUGGUACACGACUGAAUGGGGAGAGUGUUCUAAGCCAUGUGGUACUGGUGCUAUAAAGAUGAGAGAAGUAAGAUGUUACCAUGGUACCCAGAUAUCACAUGAUUGUUUUAUAGAAACCCAACCUGACAACGUGGAACCUUGUACAUUACCAACCUGUCCUUCAAAUAUUUCUCAUCCUGGCGGCAAGUGCAUUGAUGAUGGUACCACCAAUUGUAAUCUUAUUUUUAAAACCAAUGUCUGCACAUACGACUUUUAUCGUGAAGCUUGUUGUCACACAUGUAGAAUGUAUGGUCUCUCUGGGUCCACGUCAACACCCUAGAUAACCACUUCUUUUAUUAAUAUUAAAAUUGUCAUUAUCAUAUUCUUUUCUUUUUGUUGUUACAAUAAAACCCUUUUCUUAUCCUGCACAUCACCUUACUGUUGAAUAAAGAUCUAACGUCUAGUUGUUCGGAUGGUACAAUAAUCCGAGGUCCUGUGUACACGUUGGUAUGCUCAAAAACGAUGCAUUGGCAGUAGAAGAUUUGGAGGAUACGCAGCUAUCUGGAGAAAACGGUUCCCUUUAGUACACGCCAUACUGAAUUAUUGAAAUAAAAUUGAACUAUGUGUUAAUCCCGAAAUGGCCUAGUUUGUAUCGAGUUGACGUUAAACCCCAUUUCUCUCCUCUUCUCCGUGGUGGGACCGUAAA